AUGAAUUCAACUUGUCUCCCGCCCAUGUCUCCGUUCAAGUCACUGGACAAGUGUGACACCGGACCGACUAAUUCAAUUCUUGACGCCACUACGGCCAUGUUAGAAAGCUUUGGCGAUUGGCAAAUCCGUUCUGAUAUCGUUUACCUUGACAACGGCGCAUUUGGUGCUUGUCCCACGAUUGUGGUUGAACAGCAGCAACAUAUCCGACGGUGGAUUGAGGAGAAUCCUCACGAAUUCUUUGAGCGAAAUUACAUAAAGUCGUGGGAGAGCAGUAGAAAAGUUCUAGCCAGUUUUCUGCAUGCCGAUGCGGCGGACAUAGUGUUCACUCCUGGGGCGACACAUGGAAUGAAUGUGGUGAUUCAGAGCCUGAAUCUAGAUAGUGGUGAUGAGAUAAUCACUACAAACCAUGCCUACAGCUCUGUUCGGCUUGUACUUGACCACAUAGCCGAGAAACUCGGCGCGACGGUUGUCGUUGUCGAUAUUCCCCUGGAGGUACCUGGACCAGACGCUCUGCUACAGCGGAUUCUAUCUAGUGUCACGCCUCGAACGCGGUUUGCGAUAAUAGACCACGUUCCCAGCAGAUCCGGAUUAAUAUUCCCGAUAAAGGAGAUAGUCAGCGAACUUGCUAGUCUGAACAUUGAUACACUAGUGGACGGCGCACAUGCACCAGGCAUGAUCCCUCUCGACGUCACCGACAUCAACGCGGCAUAUUAUGUCGCAAACUGCCAUAAGUGGAUGUGCGUGCCACGUGGGGUUGGCUUUCUUCAUGUUCGACGGGAUCGAGUGCAGAACAUUAAACCGGUGGUCAUUGCUCGAUCACCAUUCGUCGUGAAUAAAUCCAAGCAUUCACAUCUGGAGCAUAGCUUCGGCUGGAUGGGAACCUACUGCCCUUCUGCCCUCCUAACUUUGCCUACGUCUAUCUCCUAUCUCAGGACUGUCCUUCCAGGGGGCUAUAAUGGCUUGAUAUCCAGAAAUCAUGACCUCACAGUUCUUGCGCGGAGAAUUGUUUGCAGGACUCUAGGCAUCCCCCUCCCAUGUCCCGACAACAUGAUUGGUGCCAUGGCUACUAUCCCACUUCCCGACUCUCCCGGGCCGGAGCAGGAGGGAAUGUUGCCAAUCCAACAAAUUCUAUGGAAAGAGCAUGGGAUAAUAAUCCCUAUUUACUCCUGGCCAGCUUAUCCAAAGAGGGUGAUGAGAUUAUCUGUUCAAGCUUAUAAUUACUUGGAUCAGUAUCUCCGACUCGCCAACUGUCUCCGCUCUGUCUUGCAUAAUGAAAGACUUACCGUGCAAAAGACCCUGAACACAUGGCCACUUAAGUCCUUGAAGCAACCAGACGCUUGGGGAAACACCAAAGAGCAUGCAUCCACGGAAUACGCCUCGGCCUGUGGACACGCUGCCGAAAGCGGGGUCAACAGUAUUGACUGUCUAACCACGCCGCAUGACGACAUUGAAAACCCGACGGUCUGGACUCUUGUAACACUAGCCCAGUCCAGAGUCCGGAGAAUCAUGCAUGGCAUUUUCAACUCCUACCCCGUGUCUCUCUAUCCUACCGCUGGAGAAAAUGAGACGCUGGCUGGCACAGCAAGUUCGUCCCAUGCCAACUUAGAGUUGUCUAGGGUCACAUACAUGCUGAGUACUUUUAAGCGACGUAGACUUCCAAAGCUAAUGGCCCCCGUUAUUGCUCGUUUACUUGAGGCCGAAGACGUAGUUGGAAGCUGGGCCGACUCGGUAGAUGUUCUACGAAAUCAAGCCCAGAUAUUAACCCGCGCUAUGGUAUCUGAAAUGGAUGCUCCUCGAACGCCGAACGAGUAUUCAGCUGACGCUAAUAAGUUCGUUCAAAAAGUAGCAAUAUAUGAACCAGAAAGUCACGAUAGAAACCUGAGUCUGACAUUCUGGCUUCGAGCAUUAGCGGACUUCACCGUGAAAGGCCAAUGGUCUCUCGCACGCAUCACCUCGUUUCUGCAAAUUCAUGCUUUCCUCAAAGAUCCAGUUGGUGGGCUACGCAGUGACUUCGUCAUCCAGAGAGAACUAUAUUCCCUCCUUUUCAACAAGCUUAAGCCGGAUUUUGAAGACAUUAAGCAUAGCCAAACAGUCUUGCAGGAGGUCGUCGCGCAGUUGGCUCUUGAAUCGUCGUUCUUAUCACAGCCCCUCAUCCGCGAUACUGCCUAUGUUCAUUUCAUAGAUGAUCAGCAGCUUGUGUACAGCUAUGUCGAUAUAGACAACUUAGCGAGGUCCGAAUUUUCGUGUACAGAUAUCGUUAUUGGAAUGAUUCAGGACAUUAUCGGCAACGCGAGUCGAGACGAAUGUUUGAUUGCGCCUAUCACUGUAGCCAGCAGCUAUCCAGUCUGCUCUAGCCAUAACGGGCGCCCGGUCAUCAUCGAUGGUAACAACCGCACUACGACUAUUGCAUUCUUAAGAUUUGUCUCCAACUACGGAGUACCCAAAUCUGAAGAGAUGGGUAGUAUUCAGGAACACUGCCGAGAUUAUGGACUCGGGCCAGUCUGCUUUGUAGAUUUCUGCAAAGUACUGAGCGCGCUUUGGCAAAGCUACCCGAAUAUCAUUGAACAGCUCAGACGGCCUGAGAAUGUGGCCUUGUUCCGCAAAGUACGGCAACUGCCAGCUCUAGUUACUGAGGAAUCGUCAUUUUUCACAAAGACACUGCUGGAUGUUGAAGAGAGCGUAUUACAGCCAGUCCACCAAAGUAUUUUUGCUACGGACGAUCUGUUGGUGGCAUUUCCGGGAAAGAUGCAAAGCCAUGGCCGAGCUAGAGGAUUCAUGGCGAUGCCAAUUCGUUAA